CGGAGUGAAGCUGCAGCCGCGAUGGCCACUACCGUGACCUGCACCCGCUUCACCGACGAGUAUCAGCUUUACGAGGAAAUUGGCAAGGGGGCUUUUUCCGUGGUGCGACGCUGUGUCAAACUUUGCACUGGACAUGAAUAUGCAGCCAAGAUUAUCAACACCAAGAAGCUCUCAGCAAGAGAUCACCAGAAGUUAGAGCGAGAAGCUCGCAUCUGCCGUCUCCUGAAGCAUUCCAACAUUGUUCGCCUCCAUGACAGCAUAUCCGAGGAAGGUUUCCAUUACCUUGUCUUUGAUCUGGUCACAGGUGGUGAGCUCUUUGAAGACAUUGUUGCCAGAGAAUACUACAGUGAAGCUGAUGCAAGUCAUUGCAUCCAGCAGAUCCUGGAGGCUGUUCUCCAUUGCCACCAAAUGGGGGUCGUCCACAGAGACCUCAAGCCGGAGAACCUGCUUCUGGCCAGCAAAUGCAAAGGAGCAGCGGUGAAAUUGGCAGAUUUUGGCUUGGCAAUUGAGGUUCAAGGAGACCAGCAGGCCUGGUUUGGCUUUGCAGGUACUCCUGGCUACCUUUCUCCAGAGGUUCUACGCAAAGAAGCUUAUGGGAAACCUGUGGAUAUCUGGGCAUGUGGUGUUAUUCUUUACAUCUUACUCGUGGGGUAUCCUCCUUUUUGGGAUGAGGAUCAGCACAAGCUCUACCAACAGAUUAAGGCUGGUGCCUACGAUUUUCCUUCCCCUGAAUGGGACACAGUCACUCCUGAAGCAAAAAACCUCAUAAAUCAGAUGUUAACUAUCAACCCUGCAAAGAGAAUCACAGCACAUGAAGCUCUGAAACAUCCAUGGGUCUGCCAACGUUCGACAGUGGCCUCAAUGAUGCACAGGCAGGAGACUGUAGAAUGUCUGAAAAAGUUCAAUGCAAGAAGGAAGCUGAAGGGUGCCAUUCUUACCACUAUGUUGGCAACAAGAAACUUUUCAGUGGGCAGACAGACCACCGCUCCCGCCACCAUGUCUGCAGCAGCAGCAGCCUCCGGUGCCACCAUUGGGUUGGUGGAGCAAGCAGCUAAAAGUUUACUGAACAAGAAAGCAGAUGGUGUGAAGCCUCAGACAAACAGCACCAAAGGCAGCACCGGAGUUACCAGCCCAAAAGGGACCCUUCCUCCAGCCGCACUGGAAUCAUCGGACAGCACAAACACCACUAUAGAGGAUGAAGAUACGAAAGUUAAAAGCACUGAUAAUGAGCUUGUAAAAAGUCACGUGAAUUCAGGAUCUGCCCCUGAACUUCCUUCCAGCCUGCAGACAUCUGUCAUCUCAUCUGCUGCUGCUGCAAUCACGGCUGCUUCCUCCAAGCUCUCUGAUGUAUUAGGCCUGGUGAAAAAAGGAUCAGGUACCCUUGUGGCUGAAGACCCAACACAUUCUUCACCCUGCAUAUUACCAGCUAUUGCAAGCCCCCUCCCUCCCCAGUCUGCUAAACAAUCUGAUGUCUUAGGCAUGGUGAAAAGGGGUUCUGGACCCCCAGAUGCUGAAGACCCAAAGCCUUCCAUUACCCUGCCUAAUCCAUCCAUGGGUGUUGCUAAUCCUCUUCCUCUCCAGUCUGCCAAACUCUGUGAUGUGUUAGGCAUGGUGAAAAGGGGCUCUGCGCCCCCCGAAAGUGAAGAGCCAAAGACCUCCAGCCCCCUUUCUGGACCACCUUCUAUUGUCACCAAUCCUCUGUCUCCCUUGUCCUCCAAGUUGUCUGAUGUCCUAAGCAUGGUGAAAAGGGGCUCUGGAGCCCCAGAAACUGAGGGGCCACAGCCUGCUGUCACCCAGUUUUUCCCAUUUCUACCCAUUCCUAGUCCACUUCCUUCAGAUCCCCGCAAACAGGAAAUAAUCAAGAUAACAGAGCAGCUGAUAGAGGCUGUGAACAAUGGCGAUUUUGAGGCCUAUGCGAAAAUAUGUGAUCCAGGCCUAACUUCGUUUGAGCCUGAAGCACUGGGCAAUCUUGUUGAAGGGAUGGACUUCCACAGAUUUUACUUUGAAAACUUGUUAUCUAAGAACAACAAGCCCAUUCACACAACCAUCCUGAACCCUCAUGUGCAUGUCAUUGGGGAAGAUGCUGCCUGCAUUGCCUAUAUCCGCCUGACACAGUACAUUGAUGGGCAGGGCCGUCCUCGUACUUGCCAGUCUGAAGAGACCCGUGUCUGGCACCGUCGGGAUGGCAAAUGGCAGAAUGUCCACUUCCACUGCUCGGGAGCUCCGGUGGCCCCACUCCAGUGAAGAAUUCAUGCUGGCUGUUCUGAUUUCAUCCCAAAGGAGAUGGUGAUUUCAGCUGAGCCACUAGCCGGGAGCAGCAGUGACAAGCACGCGCCCGCAUGCUCGUGUCCCCCCGUUCCCUCUCCUUCCCCUCUUUCAUUUCCAGUGCCUGUGUUUGCAAAGAGAGAAAGCGAGAGAGACAGAGAGAGACAGAGAAACACCUAAGAAAAACAAAAAUCCAAGUAGACUCAAUUGUUUUUAAAAAGAAGAAAAAGAAGAAGCAAACCCAGCCAAAUCCAUCCAGCUGUCUGACUUGCAGCCCGACUAUAAUGCACUCACCAAUCCCUAUCAGUUCCAUUUUUCUUUUUUUCCUUUUGGUGUGCAGCUGUUCAGGUGACCAGAUGUUGCAGUGAAAAAUGUCUCAACUUCAAAAAAACAAAACAAAAAACAAAGAUCCCAUCUCCUCCCUGUAUCCAUCCCAGUGUUGAACAGUGUUCGUUUGCUUAGUGAAUACACACUUACACACACACACACACACACACACACACACACAUUUAAUUUACCAGAUCUUGGUUCAGCGGGCUUCAGAUGCAGUGGACAAAAUCUGUCUGUGCACUUUUUUGCAUCUGCUCCUUGGCUGUUUUGACACACGUGUAAAAUAUACAUUUGCCAUUUUACACAUGUAUUUAAAAAACAUUGCAUUUUGCAAUUUUUUUAGAUGUGGUGGACAUCCCUUCCCCCAUGAGUUUGUUAAAUCCAGGAUCUACUGUAAAUAUAUAUACAUAUAAUGCGUGUGUGUUUGUGUGCAUGUGUGCAUGCACAAACACAUACACAUAGCCAAACACAGAGCCCCCUUUUAUAGUAUUUGCAUUCUCUGCCAAAAGUUCGGGCCUUUUCCUCUGGUUAUUGUGUUCGCGCUUGGAAGUUUGUGAUCAGUGCUACCAUUUUGUUUUGAAGAAGACCCCGCCCCUCCAAGCCCCUUCAUUUCCUUUCUUCUCUAGCUGUAGUUGUGCGUUAUGAUGAUGCUAAUUAUUCAACCUCUUCAUUUGUUUGUUUCCUUUGAAUAGAGGGAGGGGGAUCCUAUUGGUGGUGGAGGAGUUUUGCUUUUCGGGCUCCUCCCAGGCUAUCACCACUGCCAAUGAUUUUCUGGUAGGCUCAUGACUGCAUCCAUUCUGAUAGGUCUGUAGAUGACGCAUAGCACCGCCUUGGAGUUACAUAUAGGCCUCACUGCAGACUUUUGGAUACCUGCAUUCUCGUAGCACUUAACAUUCUACUAGUAUCUUGAUCCUGAUCUCUCAACAAGGGCUACUAACACUGGAGUUGUACUUGUGUCCCUACUGUAGUUUAUUAUGAAGGUGGGGACUGCCCUUGCUUAGUGGGAUUGGUUGGAACGUUGUAAUGUUGCUUCAAAGAGCUAGCGAGAAAAGAGUCAAUAGUGCUAAAUCUCAGCCUUAUCUAGUGCUGGGAAGCUAACUAUCUGUCCAGCAGAACGAGGAAGAGAUGCUUUCUUACACUCUGUAAAUGCUCAGCCCCCCCCCUUUUCUCAUCCCUCUUUACCCGUGUUGACGUAAAAGGAAUAGAAAGUGACUAUUUUGGGGUGGGGGUGCUUGAAGUUCUUAACAGCCUAGAAGAAAGAAAGCUGGUCAACAUAAAGUUGCAUAGGCCAUUCAUUCACCUCCAUUCUCUCUCUCUCUCUCUCUCUCUCUCUCUCUCUCUCUCUCUCUCUCUCCCCUCUCUCUCUUCCCUCUGUGAAUUUACCUGCAAAGAGAGCUGGGUAACAGCAAACUUUGAGAAAAUUGCUCUUCAGGGAGCUCUAGAUUCUGGAACUGACUCAACAGGUGGCCCCAAAUAAGCAAAACCAAAGGAGGCAAUUCUCCCCAUGGACCAAGUUGUAACAGAAUGCAAUGGAAGGUGGCGUUGUAGGGUCUUUUGUUGGCCGAGGCUGGUGUGAAUGAUGUCAGAUGCUGUGGAGCACUUGCUUCAGCUGCCCCAGGUCCCAGUGGAAGGUGUCAACCGUUGUCUUCUGCUCGCUACAUUUUCAUGCCAGGAGGCUCAUAUUGGCCGUAACAGAUGUACAGUGUGGCAUCUGCCAGAAUGUAUUGAUAAGAAAGCUGUUUUCUUCUAAUGGACUUUCCCCUCCCUCCAUCUUUAAAUAUUCACAAAGGAGAUACCUUCUUCCUCCCCAGUGGCUUACUCAGCAUUCCACAGCUUCAACUGUGGUUCCCCUUGUAUUCAGAGGUUAAUUAGGUCCUUGUGACUACAGAGGGGGAGGCUGAAGUACUUUGCUACAAUGUACAGGGCAUAAAGUUCUAUUUUGCCAAGUGGAAAUUCACAUUGUUGAUUCCUGCCAGGAAAGAUUUCAAGGCAAAGUUUAAUGAGGUGGUUGCUUUGAAGAGAUUUUUCUAGUAAUCUCUCUAGAGAUGGAGACACAGAAAAGUGGCAUAAGUUGAUUUCAGUGAGCUUUGCUUCCAAGAUGGUAUGUGAAGGUGUAUGAGUUGCACCCACGGCAUCAGUUUAAAUGAGAAAUCAAGUAGGUUGAUGUCAAGAACUCCAGACUUAGAACUGGGUGAUGAAUUUGGGUCUUUUGAAAUCCUAUUUUUCUUACCCAUUUAAAGCUUGGAGGUGGUUUGGCCAGUCACAUGUACUUCUUGUUAACACUCUUGUUUUGUAGCUUGCUUCCAAUCAUCCUGUUGUUUAUUUAAAUGGCAGAUUCUAGGUGACUCCAGGGAUGAUAAGAGGUCAUAGGAAGGCAGAUCCCAUGUUGCAAAUUUCUCCUUCAACUUUUGGAUAGUUAGAUGUAUCUGAAAUACUUGCCCAAAAAGAUGCUGAGAAGAAUUCUUCCUAUAUGCUUUAGAAGCUAAUAAAGUCUCUGCUGUGUGUUUCUCUUACCUCACCUGUGCCCUUCUGUGGGCUUUACAUUAUCUCUGAGUGGUGGAUGUUCCCAUGUCUGUAAUAAAGGUGAUUUCCCCGAACUUAGGGGAGUUUAGUUAGUUUUCAUAUAUUCCAACAGUACUCAGAAAAUUUGCAUGCAGAAAAUACAGUUGUUUCUAACUUAUUUUUAUUCCAGAGAUAGAAUUUAUGGAGAAAGCCAGAUCUUCAACUUUUUAUAAAUUAGAAAUUACAUAACAAACAUUAGUUUACUAUAUUAAAACAGGACUGGCAAACAAGAUCUGUCAGGAAUGGAAAGAGUGUUAGCCACUAGACUGCACUGCCUUCCUUCCCUGUUCAUAUGAAAGCAAAGUAAAUGUUCCUAGGUCUCAAGGGUUUUCCUCUCUCUAUAAUUACAGUUUUUGCCUUCGGAGGAACAUCUGUCACCAAAACAAAGGUGUUGAUUUCCUAGGACUGUUGAUUGCAGAGCAAGAUUGUUGAAGGUUGCACAGGAAAUCCACUGUAACUGAUGUGAGCUAAGAAUAAAUGGGAAGGCAAGGCCACUUUUGGAAUGAAAGGUUGAAGUGUUAUUUUGCAUAACACAAAAAAUUUACAGUUUAGAGGCUAAAAAUCCCCAGAGACUUUUUUUAAUUAGAUAAAAACUAUUUUUGCAGUGUCUCAAUCAAAUGCAUCACCGCUUGAAUUCCCCAAGUAUCCAUUACUUUACUAUUUAAUGCAAAUAGAAUUAAUUUAGCAUUUCAGUCUGAUGUAAAUAAUGCAAAAUUUCAAUCCCAGUAUUGUUCUUAGACCUCACCUAGUCUGUCGUGAUAGAGAAGAGUGAAUGUAACCAAUUUCAAAUGCAUUUCUUUUUUUUUUCUAAUCUAAAGUUUGCUAUCUCAUCUUUCCCCAUGUCAGCUCAUGAUUUUUCCCCUAAAAUUUUUGUGCAUGGUUUUAAAUAUAUUUUCCUUUAGAUACAAAUGAGAGGUAAAUGAUAAGUUAGCUCUUGGACAGUUGAUUUAAAUUGAAAGCCACUUUAUAAACCCUUUAUCUAGGCACAAGCCAUACAAAGUUUUCUUAGCUAGAUUUAUUGUAAGGAACAAUACAAAGUUACAAGGAUUUCAGCAAUUAAAUAUUAAAUACAGGAGCCCAUUUAUCUUCCAAGUCAUGCUAGAAAAUUUUGAUAUCUUUUCUUCUAAUCCUCUGGUUCUCAGUAUUUGUAGCACAACUAUAGCCACUCAAAUGUUCAACAUAUUUAUGUGCCUUCUCAGUGAAUAAGGUAUCUCAUUGGGAUUAAGGUCAGACAAGAAUAAACAAGUAAUUUUUCACAAUUAACAUUUAACUUAAAUAAAACCACAGAACUAUACGUAGGUUGUAAAAUAAAAUGAAUAAAAUUAUUGAAUGUCACUCAUAUAAUCAUUUAUAUAGACAUACCAGAUGUGGCUAUAAUGCUACCUAGCAUACUAGCAGAGAUAACAGAGAGCCGUAUUUCUAGGGAAACUGAACUAAAUAAAUGGCCAAAAUCAAGUAAUAAUUAGCCAGAUGAUCAAUAGUUUUAUUUAUGCUCUGCAGAAAUUAAGAGUUUUGUUCAUUUCAGCUGAAACAGAGACAAUACUUUGUUUUAAUCAAAAUGAAUUAUAAACCCUUUCUAUUGUUGACCCACUGAUGGAUUGCAAUGUUUAAAUGAUUGGUAAAAUAA